AUGAGAGACUAUUCAAAUAACUCAUCGAAUCUUCCUAAAUAUGGCGGGACGGAUCAAAUUGGAGAAAGCCCAAAGACGGGAGUUGGAACACAAAGCAAUUAUAGUCAAGAAGAAGGGGAAUCGGCUUAUCGAACCAACGAUGCGCGCCGUCAAAUUGGCCCCAUUUCAGCCAUCUUCUUGAUCUUCAAUCGCAUGAUCGGAACCGGAAUCUUUUCGACUCCAAGUACCAUCGUUGCUCUUUCCGGAUCUGUCGGACUGGCACUCUUUAUCUGGGUUGCAGGUAUGCUGAUUGCCGCAGCUGGUCUUGCGACAUAUAUGGAAUUUGGUACCGGACUUCCACGAAACGGUGGUGAAAAGAACUAUCUCGAAUAUGUCUUCCGAAGACCAAAGUUCCUCAUCACUAGUAUGUAUGCUAUGUAUGUAGUACUCCUCGGUUGGGCGGGUUCAAAUUCUGUGGUAUUUGGAGAAUACAUUCUGAGUGCCGCCGAAGUUGAGGUAACUCGUUGGAACCAGCGUGGAGUAGGAUUGGCCUGUAUCACAGCCGCUUUCUUGAUUCAUGGCUGUUCUGUAAGAUGGGGAUUGAGACUUCAAAAUCUUUUGGGUGUCAUCAAGCUUCUGAUUCUUCUCCUGAUCAUCAUCUCGGGAUUUGUUGCGCUCGGUGGCUAUCUCAGGAUCGAGAAGCCAAACAAUUUUACAAAUGCCUUCGAGGGAACGACUGGUAGCGCGUACGGAGUUGUCACAGCUCUCUAUAACGUCAUCUGGAGUUAUAUCGGCUAUAGCAAUGCCAAUUAUGCGCUCUCCGAAACCAAAAAUCCAGUCAGAACACUCAAGAUGGCCGCACCAACAGCUCUCGCUAUAGUUGGUGUGCUUUAUAUGCUUGCAAACAUUGCUUAUUUUGCCGCCGUGCCAAAGGAAGAAAUCAUGACUUCGGGUCGUAUAUUGGCUGCUUCAUUUUUCAGAAACAUGUUCGGAUCCCGCGCUGAACGUGUAUUGUCUGUUUUUGUUGCCCUUUCAGCAUUCGGAAAUGUUCUUAGUGUCAUAUUCUCUCAAGGCAGAAUUGUACAAGAAAUUGGUCGAGAAGGAAUCUUGCCAUUCUCCCGACUUUGGGCAAGUAACAAGCCUUUCAACACACCAUUCAUGGGCCUCUUUGAACAUUGGCUGGUGUCUGUGAUCAUUAUGUUAGCUCCACCACCAGGAGAUGCUUAUAACUUUAUUUUGAAUGUCAUCUCAUACCCACUUGCGGUAGUGAAUGUCUUUGUAUCUCUCGCUCUGCUCAUCCUUUACGCUCGAUCAUUUUCAGCGGAUCGCCAUCCACAACAUUGGGCCCCACCUUUCCGUGCUACUUGGCCUGUGGUAUCAUUUUUCCUUCUCUCGAAUGUCUACCUUGUCAUUGCACCAUUUGUUCCACCUGAUGAGGGACAAAAUGUAUACGAGAGUCUGCCAUACUACCUUCAUUGUGUUGUGGGCAUUGCAUUCUUCGGCGCAGGAGCAAUUUACUGGUUACUUUGGGCUCAAAUAUUACCCAGAAUUGGUGGAUAUAAACUCGUUCGAGAGAACAUCGUCACCGAUGACGGGUGGAGUGGAAGUGUCUUUAGAAGGAUCAAAUCAGAAUAG